AUGGAGAAUGGCGACGCUUUCACCAUUCCUCAGAUAUGGGGACCCUUGUUAGUCGCGGAAGAAGAGCCUUUACACGAGGCAGGCCUCUUCCCGCUUCCAGAGCUCGAUGUUUCUUCAGUCAAGCUUGACAAUCCAUACGCGCCCACGAAAGGACUAGAUUAUGAUCUGCGUCUGCCGCACCUCGAGUCCUUCCGAUUCGGGCCUCUGGAGGAGCUGGAAGUCACUGACACCUCCGUCGUCUCAUCAACCGCGGAGCAGCCCGCCCUAAGCACGGUAGAACAGGUCGACAUAUGGACGAUACCCUCGGACUUGCUUCCAAGUGGCCAAGAUGCGCCGUUCAUCACCUGGGAAGCCUUCGACCAGUCUAGCCUUCAGGAGCCGCGCUCCGCUUAUGUCUCAGAGGCGGGACCUGGAGCAUUCGACGGAGGAUUGCACCGCCGGAGUGUGGGGGGCGUGUCGAGAUUCGGUAAUGCGCUGCCGUCAGACCUCCUACUCGCGUCUCUCCAUCAUCUGGGCAUGGGUCGAGGCUCAACUCUUUUCUCCUAUGAUACCAAAACCCGGUCGUUUACGCCGGCACUCGAAGACAUUCGAACCGUCGGCUACAGUCUAGCCUCCGCACAGAGCUCUAUCGCCUGUUUCGUCCAGAUGGGAAAUGUGGUCAAGUAUCUGCAAGACUUCGUGCACAACAGUUAUGCCGGUGCAACCACGGUGCCUGCCCGGACGGCUCUAGCUAGUGCGAUAUCGACUAUCCUCACUGCUCUGGAUGCACAUACUUCAUCCAAUAGCCAAAGUGCUCGCAGCUUACUGCAACUACAUUCUCUGUUCGAGCGGCCUCAGCGACUCGUCACUCAUCUCCAGCAAACUGUCACAUCUCUGGAGUCAGCAUGCACCAACGCAGAAUUUGUCUCUAGACUUUACUGCCGGGCUCAAGAUGUCGAACAGCAACCUGAGUGGUUGCGCCAAUGCAUGCUUCAAUUGCUUACACGGGUCUCGGAACCAUGGCUCGAGCUCGUCAGCGAAUGGACUGGACUGUUGAGCAACAGCGCUCCAACGGACCAAAGUGCGAGUCUUGUGGAGCCAGAGGAAGCAAGCUUCGGACUGGCGGGCGAUCAAACUGCGUCAGGGUACAACUUCAACGCGAAGAUGAUGCCAGACUUUGUUUCGGAGGAAGACAGGCGUAUGGUAUUCGAGACCGGGGAGAGCCUCUGCUUCAUCAAGAAACACCAUCCUGACCACCCUCUAGCAAAUUUGGGAGCUUUCAACAUCAAAGCUCCUGCACUUGAGUGGAAACAUGAGUGGCGGGACAUAGAAGCCGUGGCUGAGAAAGCCAAGGAGUACGAACGACGCCUCCUUCAAGCUCUGCAAGAGCACCGUCAAAGCACCUGCAGGACCGUCAGACAACGUCACAUUGCAGUAGAAGACGCAGUCAAUCUGCAGGACUCCGGCCAGAAUCAUGAACAGGUCCAUCACGCCCACGUCGCAGACCUGGCCGCGCUGUUUGAUCAGCCUCCUCGGCCAUCCUUCGACACCUGGCCUGAUGAACUUCGGAAAGUCCUGGCCAACGCUCUCGAUUCGAAUGACACCGCUCAAGCUUGCAAAUCAUCGACCUUCGCGCCGCCACUUUCCAUCACACCCCUGCUCUCACUUAGCCCUCUGCUCGCCACUCAAGCUCGGGUCGUCAACUCCGAGUCACUACGCCUCUUGUUCCGCGCUCACGGUUUGAGGCUGCAUCUCUCUCUACAACGCCAGUACCACCUCUUCGGCGACGGAAUGUUCGUUACGCGUCUGAGCUCAACUCUGUUUAGCCCUGAGCUCGCAACUGCCGAGCGGCAUCGCGGUAUCAUUCGCACAGGUGCGCCCAUGGGCCUCAAGCUCGGCAAUCGAAAGACAUGGCCGCCUGCAAGCUCCGAGCUCCGGCUCGCGCUCAUGGGCGUGCUGAGUGACUGCCAUCACGCAUCUGCGCUCCAGUCCAACAGUCGGCGUGGACAGCCCAAAUCUGCCUCUCGCGGGCCUAUGGCAGCUGAUCGUGCACCUACCGAAUUACCUGGCAACCUCAGCUUUGCUGUCCGUACGCUCUCCGCCGAGGACGCGGAUAAGUGCAUGGAUCCGCAAUCGCUCUACGCGCUUGACUUCCUGCGGCUGCAGUAUACGCCGCCGGAACCGCUGAAGGAAGUCAUUACUGCGGCGGUGCUCGAGAGAUACGACCAGAUUUUCAAGCUGCUGCUUCGGCUCUUGCGCAUGCUGUUCGUGGUAGCGCAUCUCCCGCGGGAUAUACCCAGUCCGACCGCAAAAAUGUUCAGAAACGAGGCCCACUACUUCGUCACGGCCGUGUCUACGUAUUUCUUUGACACGGGUAUCACUGAGCUCUGCAGCGGUUUCUCGGCUUAUCUUGACGAUAUCGAGCGGCGGCUGCAGCGCGAAGACGAUAACGGAAAGAUCGGCCAGCUAGUCACCGGUGGGCCAGAGAGCCUGAGGAUAAGGCACGAGCAGUUCCUGGACCAGAUGCUCUUUGCGCUUUUACUGAGGAAGCGCCAGGCUCAGGUGAUGGUCUUGCUGGAAGAGAUCAUGGAGGCCAUUUUAAGGUUCGAAAGGCUGGUCCAGGAACGGCUUGAGGGAUGGCGGGAGGUGGUAGAGCAGCUGUAUGCAGGUUUCAGGGCCAAGAUUGGGGUGUUUUUGACCGUUUGCAGAGGGCUGGUAGGAAGAAAGGGGUACGGCAAGCGAAGGGCGGCUGAGUCGGGGGAACAGAAUACUAUUGAGCGGCUGGUACUGCUGCUUGAUAUAAGCGGGUAUUACGCUACGGCGAACGAACGUCCACCGUAG